UGACCUGCGAAGGAAGGGCGGGGUUAAUGGUGGUAGGUUGAGGCGGACUGUCAUAGCGGCCAUGGCUGCCACCGGAGUAUUGCCCUUCAUCAGAGGUGUGGAUUUAAGUGGAAAUGAUUUCAAAGGUGGUUAUUUUCCUGAGCAUGUUAAAUGCAUGACCAGUUUGAGAUGGCUGAAACUGAAUCGGACAGGACUUUGCUACUUACCAGAGGAAUUGGCUUCUCUUCAUAAACUGGAACAUUUAUCAGUGAGUCAUAACAGCUUGACAACACUUCAUGGGGAGCUCUCUUGCCUGCCUUGCUUGCGGGCCAUUGUUGCUCGAGCUAAUAAUUUGAAAAAUUCUGGUGUUCCUGAUGAUAUUUUCCAGUUGGAUGAUCUUUCUGUGCUGGACCUCAGCUAUAAUCAGUUGACUGAGAUUCCUAGGGAGUUGGAGAACGCUAAAAAUAUGCUGGUGCUCAACUUGAGUCAUAACAGUAUUGACAACAUCCCAAACCAACUGUUUAUAAAUCUCACUGAUUUACUGUACUUGGACCUGAGUGAAAAUAAGCUGGAGAGUUUGCCUCCUCAGAUGAGACGCUUGGUUCAUCUCCAAACACUGAUUUUGAACAACAACCCACUCAUGCAUGCACAAAUGCGGCAGCUUCCUGCAAUGACAGCUCUACAAACUUUGCAUCUUAGAAAUACACAACGUACGCAAAGUAACUUGCCCACGAGCUUAGAGGGCCUGUCUGGUUUGUUGGAUGUGGACUUGUCUUGUAAUGACCUUAGUCGUGUACCUGAAUGCUUAUAUACCCUCUCGUCUCUGCGGCGGCUAAACCUCAGUACCAAUCAGAUCUCUGAGCUCUCACUCUGCAUCGAUCAGUGGACGCAGCUGGACACACUGAAUCUCUCCCGGAACCAACUCACUUCGCUUCCUUCAGCCAUCUGCAAGUUAACAAAGCUAAAGAAGUUGUACUUGAAUUCAAACAAAUUGGAUUUCGAUGGCAUCCCAUCAGGCAUUGGGAAACUGACAAAUCUAGAGGAAUUUAUGGCUGCCAAUAAUAACCUUGAGCUGAUCCCAGAGAGCUUGUGCAGAUGCGGAAAACUAAAGAAGCUGGUUCUUAAUAAAAAUCGCCUAGUCACUUUGCCUGAAGCCAUCCAUUUCCUUGGAGAUCUACAAGUUCUGGAUGUUCGGGAGAAUCCCAACUUGAUUAUGCCCCCUAAACCAGUGGAUCGAACGGCAGAAUUUUACAAUAUUGAUUUCUCCUUGCAGAACCAGCUUAGAUUGGCUGGUGCAUCACCGGCUACAGUUGCAGCAGCUGGUGGAGGAGUCACUGCUCGAGAUCCAAUAGCUCGGAAAAUGCGCCUCCGGAGAAGGAAGGACUCCACCCAGGAUGACCAGGCCAAACAAGUACUGAAAGGAAUGAGUGAUGUAGCACAGGAAAAGAACAAAAAAUUAGAGCAACUGGUUUGCAUCUAUUGUCGCAGGAGGUGGGCGAAGGUCAAGCACGCAGACCUGAAAACCAGGCGAUGGGAUCAGGGUCUUGAGAAACCUCCACUUGAUUAUUCCGAGUUCUUUACUGAGGAUAUUGGUCAGAUCCCGGGGGUCAUGGUUUGGCACAUAGAGAAUUUUAUUCCUACUCAAAUUGAUGGCUUUCAUGGCAAGUUCUAUGAAGCGGACUGUUACAUUGUCCUGAAGACUAUACUGGAUGAGAACGGUGCUUUGAGCUGGCAAAUUUUCUACUGGAUUGGACAGGAAGCUUCAAUGGAUAAAAAAGCAUGUGCUGCCAUCCAUGCAGUCAAUCUCCGUAAUUUUCUGGGAGCACAGUGCAGGACAAUUCGUGAGGAAAUGGGCGAUGAGAGUGAAGAAUUUAGUGCGAUAUUUGAUAACAUUGCCUACAUUGAAGGAGGAACAGCAAGUGGCUUCUACACGGUAGAAGAAACACAGUAUAUCACCAGGUUGUUUCGAUGCUAUGGUAAGAAGAAUAUAAAAUUGGAAUCCGUUCCACUUAAAGCCUCAAGUUUGGAUCCUCGCUUUGUGUUCCUUCUUGAUCAUGGACUUGAGAUUUACGUCUGGAGAGGCUCCCAGGCCACUUUGAGUGCAAGCACAAAAGCUAGGCUAUUUGCUGAAAAAAUAAAUAAAAAUGAGAGAAAGGGAAAUGCAGAGAUUAUACAAUUAAUACAGACUCAGGAGACACCAGAAUUCUGGGAGACACUGGGAGGACAACCUGAGCAGAUUACAUGUCAUGUGGCAGAUGAUUUCAAGCCAGUGAGACCUAAGCUUUACAAGGUUGGAUUAGGCCUUGGAUACUUAGAGCUUCCUCAGAUUAAUUACAAACUCUCCGUAGAACAUAAAGUGAGGCCGAAGAUUGACCUGUUGCCAGAAAUGAGACUGGUCCAGAGUCUUUUGGAUACAAAGUCUGUCUAUAUCUUGGAUUGCUGGUCAGACGUCUUCAUCUGGAUUGGACGCAAGUCUCCACGACUGGUCAGAGCUGCGGCCUUGAAGCUGGGACAGGAGCUGUGUAGCAUGUUACAUCGACCCAAGCAUGCCAUUGUGAUCCGAAACUUAGAGGGAACAGAAUGUCAAGUAUUUAAGUCUAAAUUCCGUAAUUGGGAUGACGUUCUGAAGGUGGAUUAUACAAGAAGUGCAGAGACAGUGCUGAAGAAAGGACUUGCUGAUAAAGUGAAGAAGGAUGCAGAGAAGAAAGACCAGAUUAAGGCAGAUCUGACUGCCCUAUUUUUGCCUCGACAGCCACCAAUGCCACUCUUGGAGGCUGAGCAGCUGAUGGAGGAGUGGAAUGAGGACCUGGAUGGAAUGGAAGGAUUUGUUCUGGAAGGAAAGAAAUUUGCACGCCUUCCUGAAGAAGAUUUCGGUCAUUUUUACACACAGGACUGUUAUGUCUUUCUUUGCAGGUACUGGGUUCCAGUGGAGUAUGACGAUGAUCAAAAAGACAAAGAGAAGGCGGACGAAGAUGGAGAUGAUGAAGAAAAGCAGCAGGAGGAAGAUUUUCAGUGUGUGGUGUACUUUUGGCAGGGCAGAGAGGCUUCCAACAUGGGAUGGCUAACUUUCACCUUCAGCCUGCAAAAGAAAUUUGAGAGCCUUUUCCCUGGCAAGCUAGAGGUGGUACGGAUGACCCAACAGCAGGAAAACCUGAAGUUUCUAUCUCACUUCAAAAGGAAAUUCAUUAUUCACAAAGGAAAAAGAAAGACUCCAGAGAAUGGUCUGCAGCCCAGCCUCUAUCACGUACGCACGAAUGGUAGUGCCCUCUGUUCCAGGUGUAUCCAGAUCAGCACAGAUUCUAGUAUGUUGAACUCAGAGUUUUGUUACAUUCUGAAGGUUCCCUUUGAGAGUAUUGAUAACCAAGGUAUCGUCUAUACCUGGGUUGGGCGUGCAGCAGACCCAGAUGAGGCCAAACUCGCUGAAGAUAUCAUGAAUAAUAUGUUGAUGAGACUUACAGUAAUCAAUGAAGGCGAGGAGCCUGAAAAUUUCUUCUGGGUUGGAAUAGGUGGAGAAAAGCAAUACGAUGAAGAUGCAGAGUACAUGAAACACUCCAGGCUUUUAGGUAUGUGCUCCAAUGAGAAAGGUUAUUUCUCAGUGUCAGAAAAGUGUUCUGAUUUCUGUCAGGAUGACCUUGCAGAUGAUGACAUCAUGUUACUUGACAAUGGAAGAGAGGUUUAUAUGUGGGUAGGAACACAGACCAGUCAAGUGGAGAUCAAACUAAGCCUCAAGGCUUGCCAGGUUUAUAUUCAACACAUGAGAGCUAAAGACAGUGAACACCCACGCAAAUUACGGCUGGUCCGGAAAGGGAAUGAACCCCAUAACUUUACACGCUGCUUUCAUGCUUGGGGCAUCUUCAAAAAACCACCUGCUUAAGCACUUAAUCACCAUUUAUCCUGGAGUGGGUGAUUUUCUUUUACCCUUCCUUUACAGAAAUAGGAUGAGUAAUGCGGGAGCCCACCCUCACUAGGAUCUGUUUUCUAAAGCAGCUUUUUAAAAAGUGAAAUUUGCUCUGCUUAAAGCAAAUUAUUUUCUAUUCAGCUGCCUGGUAACUGCACUGAAGACUUGAUCAGCCUGCUGUUAGUUUAUAACUGAGGUAGUAUAGUUAUGUUCUUUGGGUCAACAAUAGGGUGAAGAAAGCAUGUGACUGCUGGAUCAGGAAUAGAACUGGUGUAUUUCCUAAUUUAAAACUUUUUACACGAAUGCACAGUCCUGAUUUAUGCUUGUGAAUGAAACAUGGUGCUCACUAUGAGAGGCCAAUCUUCCUCCCUCUGUCAGUUCCAAGAACUUUACUGUGCCAGGUCUGCACUUCAGAAAGUGUAAUUAUGCAAGAAAGAUGAUAAAACCUUAGCACAUCUAAAACAUUUCAACUAAUCUAUUUAACCACAGCCAUUGUGGAAAUCAGUUCCAUAAUCCCUGCUGGCCAAAAAUUUACAAUAGCACUAAGGCAAGUUUAAAUUAUGCUGUGGGGAGGAAAAUUAGUGCCAAAAUUAAAGCAUUAUUUAACUUCAAAUGCCUGGUGGUCUGCAACUUUGUGGAGAAGAAUUUCAGAAAGUGAUUAAAACUUGAUUAUUGUACAAUUUACAUUAACCAAAGCACAUAAUGACCACAAGUGUUACAUAUGCUUUUUUUAAAAUAUGGUUACAAAACUAAGGAAAUGCACUGUGAUGUUCAAUAGUGAGAGCUGGGCAUUUAGAACUUUUACACUGAAAAUGGGUGAUCACAAAAAUAAGCCUGGCGUGACGUUAAAGCAAUUUUGUUAAAAGACAUUUUGACAUGUAAAAUUAUUUAAUUCCUGCAAAGAUGAGCAAUAAACUCCCAGCAUAUGGUUUCCAAUA